CCAAAUUCUGGUUUAGGUGGACUUUUCAAGAUUUUUUUCUGAUUUACUGUGGACAUUCUGUUUUGGUGGACCCAAAAAGUCCACGUAAAAAUAAACGCACAGAACACCUUUUAGCUGGACGUAAACGUAUCCGAAAGAACAAGUCUGUUUCGGUGGACUCAAAAAUUGUCCACCUUAGGCGCCAUCUAUCUCUAAACUAAAAAAUUUGAUGGUUCGUAGUUCCAAUAUCUGCCACAGACGGCGCUACCAUCGGCUGGCUCUGUGUUGAAGCUCGGCUGCGCACGCCUUGAUCAGCGCGGGCUAGCGCGGGCAUGCAGCAAAAACGUAACAUGAUAUGAUUUAUAGUGUGGUCUGUGGAAUGUAAAGCGAUCAAAAUAGACGUUUGUUUUAUUUUUUAAAAAGUGUAAAAAUAAAUUAAUUAUAUCAUGUAUCUUAGAAACCCGUGAAUUAGAGUAUGAUGAAGUUUUGUGUAGUUGCAACAACACUGUUUUUUGUUGCGGUGUUAUCGGCGCGGCACGGCUCACCACGUGGCGGUGUCGGUGUUGGGAUUUGGAAGAGAUAAAGCUUUGGGUGGUACUAUUUUGUGUUUUUUUUUGUGCUGGGAGCCUUUUGAAGUCUGUGAGGAGCGUCAAAUGCAGUCGGCGCUACGGCUGGCCGUGUCAGCGACCCACCGGCUCGGCCACGGCCAACAGGCAGCCGGCUCCGACGUCAAGUAGGCGCUACGGUUCCUGACGCCAGCAGGAGCACUUGACCAGCAGCUCACCGCCACCGCACAGGACCUGGCACAGCUCGGCACAGGCAUGCACAUUGACCCAGCAGUGGUGCAAGAAUGCGAAUGGCACGUCAGUCACCAGAUCUGCAGUGAUGUCGCCCGGCUCUGACGAUGGCGCACAGCCGCCGUGUCCGCGGUCUCCGUCGCCGCCGCGGUAUGCGGCGCUGGGCGGCGACUCGUACAUGUCGCGGUCUCGCCAUUGGGGGCCGAACGAUUCGCGGCUCCCGCCGACCCCGCCGGCGAGCGUGGCGUGCAACUCCUGGUGAACGGCACGCAGGUCACCGGUGGCACCAGCCUACAUCUUCUGGGGGUGACCUUCGACAGACUUCUACAUUUUAAAGACCACUGCGACUCUCUGCGGCGGAAGGUCCGGCCGCGGACGGCACAGCUGCGGAGGAUGACCGGCCGGACCUGGGGUCUCCGCGAGGCGCAGCUCAGGACAGUCGCGAACGGGUAUGUCCGGGGAGCCCUUGAAUACGCGGCGGGUGCCUGGCUCCCGGCCGCGUCCCCGUCACACGUUCAGCUGGUGGAGCGCGAGCUGCUGGCGGCCGCCCGGGUGGUGACCGGAUGCCCACGGUCCACCCCCAGGGAUCCCCUGCUGGCCGAGGCAGGCAUCCCUUCAGCAUGGUCCACCAGGAAGACGCUGGCCGCGCGAACGCUCUGCCGAGCGCUCGCCCUGCCGGAGGACGACCCUCUUCGCCGCGUCGCGGACGCCGACCCACCCACUCGACUGCGGUCUACCACCGGCUGGCGACAACUGGGGCGAUCGGCGCUGAUGGAGUGACGGUGGAGCCGCGCCUCGAGGUUCCCCUCCUCCCGUGGACAACCUGCCGCCCGAUCGCCUUCAAUCUGGACGUGGGACCCGGCGGUCGUCGAGCCUCCUCCAACGAGACGCGACGAGAGGCCGCGCGGCAGCACCUGGCGGCGCUCCCAGCCCAGGCCACGUGGAUUUGGUCCGACGGCUCUGCGGACGCUGGGGUCAGGCGAGGAGGGGGCGGCGCCGUAAUCUUUACCGCGUCGGGGGAGACUCUCGAGGUGGAGGUGGCGGCGGGAGGCCUCUGCUCCAGCACCCGUGCGGAGCUGUUCGCCCUGAGGGCGGCGCUGGAGCGGGUCCGGGAUGAGCCGUCCCCCGCCCCGCUGGUGGCGUGCUCUGACUCACGAGCCGCCCUGAGCCUCCUCAGCGCGGGAGCGGCCGCCCAGACCACCACUAUCGGCGCGGAGAUCUGGAGGACGCUGCUGGACAUUGCCGAGCGCCGGCAGGUGACCCUGCAGUGGGUCCCUGCUCACUGCGGGCUGGCGGAGAACGAGCGCGCUGACGCCCUGGCCAAACAAGCGGCCACCCUGCCCCAGGGCGCCGUGCCCUCGGACGCUCGGUCCCUGACACGGGCAGUUCAUCGGACGGCCACACGUCAGUGGCGCGAAAACUGGCCCGACUCCUUUUUUAAGACUAUCUUCGGGAGCACCCUGCCGCUCCCCAUCCCCGGAGAGGACCGAGAGGCCGCCAUCUCGGUGCACCAGUUGAGGGCGGGCCACUGGGGCCGCUCGCUCCAAUACCUGCACCGGAUCGGCCGCCACCCCUCCGUGGCAUGCCUGCAGUGCCCCGAUAAGCGGUGCCCCGCGGCGCUCUGCGCCGUGUGCCGGGAGGAGGCGGACGUGCCGGAGCACGUCUUGCUCCGCUGCCCGGCCCUCGCUGGCGCCCGCCUGCGGCUAACUGGCAGCAUUUACGUCGACCCGUCGCGGCUGCGGGACGCCGACCUGGUGGCUGCCUUGGAGGCCGGCUACCUUCGCCAUAGGGAGCCUCUCGGCUAUGGUCCUCCGUAAGGAGGUCCCAGGGGGAACAACAACAACAACAACAACCCCGCCGGCGACGAGUUUCCUCCGGCGAGUCCUGCGCCGUCUGGCGUGGUCGACGCUGCCCGGGAGGUUCCUGGCUGGCAAGCUGCUGCUGUGUCUACCGACGCACAGAGGUCAGUAGCUCCGGUGCCGGCCCUGCAGUGCUCUGAGAGAGCGUCGAGACCGCCUAACCGAUUCUGUCCCUAAUUAAGGUCUUUGUAAAUAUGUGUUCAUCGUGCAUCGUUUGUGAUGUGAGCCGCGUGAUCAGUUGCUAACUGAUAAUUUUUGCUGCGAUUUUGCUGUGGUCGUUGCUGGCGAAUUGUUAAGUAAUGUCGUGGCAAGCUGGUUGGGGACGCCCGUCUGGCUGUUCUGUUGACGGAACGCGCCGAUCGACAUGGCAUGCAGCCAUCCAGCGCCUCAAAUCGGCGAAUCUGUCCAGCGUGGUCUCAAUGGAGUGCUGAGCGGUGCUAAAGGACAUGGUUAUUUUCAUGCGUUCUGUUCACAGUUUUGUCGUGGCUGUGCUGUCCGCGGCCGUGCUCCACGGUUGCGACGUCUGCGGCCAAGCUGCCCGCUGCUGAGCUCCGCGGCCGAGCUGCCAGCGGCCGAGCUCUGCGGCCGUGCUCUGCGGUCGUGCUCUGCGGCCGUGCUUCCCGUGGCUGGGCCCUCCGUGGUCCCGUGAUCGUGGCCGCGGCGAGGGUGCCGCGACCUGCGCGGUGCCGUGCGCUGCAGUGAUGGCGCCGCGCACUGUGCAGUGAUUGUGCCGAGCGCUGCGUACGCGGUGGGUGCCGCGCGCCGCGCUGUUGAGCGUGCCGUAUUCGGACGGUGGCUGCCGCGCGCAGCGUGGUGAUUGCUGCGCUCUGCCAUGAGUGCCGCUCACUGCCGUGGCCUGAGUGCCGCGCUCGGACGGAGUGCCACGCGCCGUUGUGUUGCGUCGCCUUCUGCCUUUUGAUAUGUGCUAUCUCCGAAUUUAAUGUUGCUUGUUGCCGAUGUUCGCUUCUUUUCGUUAAGAGGGUCGGGUAUAGUCGGUCGAUUUAUUCGCACCGUUUGAUUUCGUACCGGCUUCUCGUCUGUUUCUUAUUGUUUUCUGCGAUGUCACUUGUCCGAUUUUAUAUCUGAUUAAUUCACGUAUUUAAGUAUUUAUUUUAUAUUGUCAUAAUAACUUACGGCGCUGUUCCUUUAUUUUCUGUUUAGUUGCAGCCCUAGUACCUUAAUUUCCGAUGUCUCUUCGGUUUGUUGUCGCUCGCAUGUUCAGAGAGUCCUGGUUGGCCGGCGCGAGCGGCGGUUGUGGAAUACAAGCUCGUCUGUGAA